AUGAAUUGUCAUGAAUUGUCGACUUUCUUCGCGGAGGAUCCCUUCGCAGACCCCGGUGAUGAUGCCACUCUGCAAGAGACGAAACCAGAGAAGGCACCUGAAGCCGCGCCAAGUGGCAGAAGAAAGCCCGUGGACGACAUUUUUGCGGCGUUCCGUUCAGAGGAAACAGUAGCAAAAGCAGGACAAACACCUUCAGAACUUUCUGCAGUGGUUGCUUGGCCGCAUCUUCAAGCGACGAAACAUUUUCCAGAAGACCCACAGUUCCCGAAUUUGGUUUGUUGCAGCAAGGAUCCCGCUUCGAUUGAAGAGCAAUUGGACAAACUGUUCAGCAACUUGGCCAUCUGUGGCCUUUUGCAGACUACUAGAGGCAUCAGCGAUGACGACGUAGAAUCGCUUCGAAAGGAGUUUGCAAGUGACUUGGGUGGCACAUUUGACGCGUACCAAAGCGUCUUUGCAAACCAGAUUGAUUGCAACACACACCAUGCUGAGAUGCCUUAA